AUCAAACUCAACCCAUUCUUUCUUUCCAUCUCUUUUCCCUUUCUCUCACCUAAAUUUUAUAAUGAAUUAAAUAAUACGACUCGCACAGUUUUUGUCAGAACGACUCGCAAUUCCUCUCCCUUAUCUUUGCCGAUCAAGAACGCAACAACACAAUCCCCACAUAAAGCCUAAAACUUUUACAAUACUCUUCUCUUUUUUAUCUCUACCCUAUACUAUAACCUCCAACAUCUGCCUCUCUUUCAAGUCCAAUUUGCAUUUGUCUGCGUUGAUUCUUGAACUGAAGCUUUGUAAUCGGUUUCUAAGUUCUGUUUGUAUGAUUUGUGGUGUAAAUUGGAGUUUAAACACGUAUAUUUUGAUUUUAUUUCCCAAAUAAAGUUAACCCGAUUCCAACUUUUCGAUAAUAAAGUGCGUUUCGACUUAUUUCUGCUUAUUUCUGUUGCUGAUCUUGUAUGUAUCUGUUUUAUAUCGUGGGUAUAUACCCUAUGCCUUCAGAAUGCGGUGUUAAAUUUUUUGCCUGUUAAGUGUUUGUGAAAAGUCCCCAACGAGUGUUCGGAGAUAAAAAGUUGAAGAAAAUGGGAUCCGGGAAUGGGUUUUACUCAACAGGGGAGUUUAAUUUGGAAGCAACGUGGUCGAUUGAUCCGAAGCUUCUUUUUGUUGGUCCAAAGAUCGGAGAAGGUGCACAUUCAAAAGUCUAUGAGGGCAAAUAUAAAAACCAGAAUGUUGCGAUUAAGAUAAUAAACAAAGGCGACACCCCAGAAGAAAUUUCAAAGAUCGAAGGUCGUUUUGCUCGAGAAAUCGCCAUGUUGUCUAAAGUCCAACACAAGAACUUAGUAAAGUUUAUUGGAGCUUGUAAGAAACCAAUCAUGGUGAUUGUAACCGAGCUUCUUACUGGUGGCACAUUACGUAAAUAUUUAUUAAAUAUGCGACCAAGGGGAUUGUUGGAUACACGUGUCGCUAUUGGGUUUGCACUUGAUAUAGCUCGAGCAAUGGAAUGCUUACACUCACAUGGAAUCAUUCAUCGUGAUUUAAAACCUGAAAACUUGUUGUUGACAUUCGAUCACAAAUCUAUAAAACUCGCUGAUUUUGGUUUGGCAAGAGAAGAAUCGUUAACAGAGAUGAUGACUGCAGAAACAGGAACUUAUCGCUGGAUGGCUCCAGAGCUUUAUAGCACUGUAACAUUAAGACAUGGAGAAAAGAAACAUUAUAACCACAAGGUAGAUGCAUACAGCUUUGCAAUUGUCUUGUGGGAGCUUAUACACAAUAAGUUGCCUUUUGAAGGCAUGUCAAAUCUUCAAGCCGCCUAUGCAGCCGCCUUUAAGAAUGUGAGGCCGAGUGCUGAUGAACUGCCUGAGGAUUUGGCUUUAAUUGUGACAUCUUGUUGGAAGGAAGAUCCGAAUGGUCGGCCAAAUUUCAGUCAAAUUAUACAAAUGCUUCACCAUUACCUGUCAACCACCGCGGUGCCGCCGCCACCGGAAGCCACCGCGGUGCCGCCACGGAUGUUCAACGUGUUUCUGCCGGAUUCCCCUGGAACAAGCACGUUGAUCUCGAAAGAAGAUGAAAUACCGACAACGCCCCUGCAUGACACCCCGAAAGGUGGUCCGUUUUCGUGCUUUUAUCAGUGUUGUUGGUGAUAUGACAAAAGGGUAGUUUUGGAACAUACUUAUCAAGUAAAAAUAGGACAAGUAUUGUUGAUGGAGAAGGUGUAAAUUAUGAAGUGAGUUAGAUGAGAUGAUAGUUGUUGUGGUUGUAAAAUAU